CAGAUGAUGAUUCUGAUACAGAGACAACAAAUGAAUUGCCAAAAUUUACUGAUGGAAUCAAAGCCAGAAAUAGAAAUCAAAACUACUUGGUUCCCAGUCCUGUACUUAGAAUUCUAGACCACACUGCCUUUCCUACAGAAAAAUCUGCUGAUAUUGAAAUUUGUGAUGAAGACUGUGACUCCCCUGAAUCGGUCCACCAGCAAACCCAAGAGGAGAGCCCCAUAGAAGUUCACACUGCUGAAGAUGUUCCAAUUGCUGCAGAAGUACAUGCAAUUUCUGAAGACUAUGAUAUAGAGGCAGAAAACAAUUCUUCUGAGAGUCUCCAAGACCAAACUGAUGAAGAGCCACCAGCCAAACUUUGCAAAAUUAUUGACAAGAGCCAAGCUUUGAAUGUGACUGUCCAGCAGAAAUGGCCUUUACUGAGAGCUAAUAGCAGUGGCCUCUAUAAAUGUGAACUUUGUGAGUUCAACAGCAAAUAUUUUUCUGAUUUAAAGCAGCAUAUGAUCUUGAAGCACAAGCGUACUGAUUCAAAUGUGUGUCGAGUAUGCAAAGAGAGUUUCUCUACCAACAUGCUUUUGAUCGAACAUGCCAAACUUCAUGAAGAAGAUCCCUACAUAUGUAAAUACUGUGAUUAUAAGACAGUAAUUUUUGAGAACCUCAGCCAGCACAUUGCAGACACGCAUUUUAGUGAUCACCUUUAUUGGUGUGAGCAAUGUGACGUGCAGUUCUCCUCAAGCAGUGAGCUCUACCUACAUUUCCAGGAACACAGCUGUGAUGAACAGUACUUGUGUCAGUUCUGUGAACAUGAAACGAAUGAUCCAGAAGACUUGCAUAGCCAUGUGGUAAAUGAGCAUGCAUGUAAAUUAAUAGAGUUAAGUGAUAAGUAUAACAAUGGAGAACAUGGACAGUAUAGCCUCUUGAGCAAAAUCACAUUUGACAAAUGUAAAAACUUCUUUGUUUGUCAAGUAUGUGGGUUUCGGAGUAGACUUCAUACAAAUGUUAACAGACAUGUUGCUAUUGAACAUACUAAAAUUUUUCCUCAUGUUUGUGAUGACUGUGGGAAAGGCUUCUCAAGUAUGCUAGAAUAUUGCAAACAUUUAAAUUCACAUUUAUCUGAAGGGAUUUACUUAUGUCAAUACUGUGAAUAUUCAACAGGACAGAUUGAAGAUCUUAAAAUCCAUCUAGAUUUCAAGCAUUCGGCUGAUUUACCUCAUAAAUGUAGUGACUGCUUGAUGAGGUUUGGAAAUGAAAGGGAAUUAAUAAGUCACCUUCCAGUCCAUGAAACAACUUGAUUGUUCUCUUUAACUUCCAUAAUGUUGAUGUGAAAUAAUAAAUUCAACUAUUUUGGAAAUGUUAAAAUGGAUGAUUUUAAACACAACUUGUGAGAAUCGUCUUUAACAGGAUCUUUUUAAUUGCCAAUUUUCUUGGCAUUGCUGCCUUUUCAGUAUAUAGUUGUAUCCUAAAUGUGGUAUUUUCAGUGCAUUCGUAGUUUUAACCACUUUUGGUGACUGUCAUCGUGUUUCUUGCAUGUGCUCUGAAUUUAUGAGUUGAUAGGAAACAUACACUAAAGAAACUAUACUUUUCCUUCCAUAAAUAUAGGUGUUACAAACUUUUUCUUCUUUAAACUCAAAACAAGAUGAGUCUUUCAUGGAUGAAGUCAUUAAAGUACUGAACUUCCAGAGCUAAAGUGCAACAUAAUGCACAGUUAAGUCCACUGAUACUCCCAUUAACAAGAUCCAGACCCUGCUUCUGCAUUCCCCGGUAGUUACUCUCCCCACGACAGUCAGUGAACUCUCCAUCUGUGUGAGUCUGUGAGUGACACUAGGAGCCCCAUGUUACGGUAGGAAGGAAAGAUCUGAUUUUCUUGGCAAUCUUUUUUUUUUGUAAUCCUUACUUUAGCCCAUCCAUGUGCUAAAUAAUCGUAGAUGGGGAGGAACUGAUAAGGGGUUAAACAAUAAAGGAACAUUUCAUAACUCA